AUGCCGACUGCAGUGUGUAUAAUACCAGCGAGGGCAGCCCUGGGAGUCUAGGCGGAGCUGCGGCAAGAUCGACAACAGCAUCCUGCCCUAAACAAGAGAAAGACCAGAGGUGGACGGGAUUUAGUCCGGAUGCUCCGAGCGAGCGACAGUAAACCGGAGGAAUUUAGGGUUUACUGCGACAGAAGAGGAGGAAGAAGAGUGUGUGGAAGUCUCCCAGCCUGUAGCCUCAUGUUGAGAGUUAGCUAACGAGCUAUCCUCCACUCUCCGUUCGUCCGCCUCACGUCUGUUCAGCCCGGGCGGAGCGAGCUCUUCACUAAAAGUGAGAAGCCAGUGCGUUUGUCACAGGGCGACUCCCGGACUCCCGGACUCCCUCACCUCCUCCAGUAAGUUUUAAGGGGACAUUUUGUUGCUUUUUCUGUGCGGUUCUUACGCUCAGUGGUGUUAUUUGUGCCAUGUCUGCGACAUCCGCGCCUUCCGCCCCGGCUGAGACCGCCGCCACAGAAACUGAUUUUCUCGCCGCUGAUGCGGGUCAGAAGCCGCCCGGUCCGACGCCCAGUCAGAGCCGAUUCCAGGUGGACAUUGUCACGGAGGCAGCGGGCGCCACCGAUGACAAGUCACCCAACUCCGACGCCUCAUCCGGGGUCCCAUCCAGCGACAAGGGCCCUCAGGAGAGUCAGGGUGCGGAUCCCGGGGCCAGUGGAGAAGAAUCCAAAGGACGGUUUCGGGUGGUGAAUUUCGCGGAUCCGAGCGCAGCGGGAUGCGCGGCCUCCCCGGACGCAUCGCCGGCCGACGGGCUGCAGAACGGGGACACAGUCAUGAGCGAGACGAGUUUGCAUUCAUCCACGGGGGGCCAGCAUCAUUAUCACUACGACACCCACACCAACACCUAUUACCUGAGGACUUUUGGUCACAACACCAUCGACGCCGUGCCGAACAUCGAUUUCUACCGACAGACCGCAGCACCUCUGGGGGAGAAACUCAUCCGACCCACCCUGUCGGAGCUGCACGACGAGCUGGACAAGGAGCCAUUUGAAGAUGGGUUUGCCAAUGGUGAUGAGCUGACCCCGGCUGAGGAAGCUGCCGCAAAAGAAGCAGCCGAGUCUAAAGGAGUGGUCAAAUUUGGCUGGAUUAAGGGAGUGCUGGUCCGCUGCAUGUUGAACAUUUGGGGUGUGAUGCUCUUCAUCCGCAUGUCAUGGAUCGUUGGUCAGGCUGGAAUUGGGCUCGCCUGUUUGAUUGUUGCCAUGGCUACUGCAGUGACGACCAUCACUGGUCUCUCCACUUCUGCCAUUGCCACAAAUGGAUUCGUACGAGGAGGUGGAGCAUAUUACCUGAUUUCAAGGAGUCUGGGUCCAGAGUUUGGAGGCUCUAUUGGUCUGAUAUUUGCCUUCGCUAAUGCAGUGGCUGUGGCCAUGUAUGUGGUCGGCUUUGCUGAAACUGUUGUUGAACUUCUUGCCGGUGCAGAUGCCCUCAUGAUGGAUGAAAUAAAUGAUAUCCGAAUCAUCGGCACCAUUACAGUAAUUCUUCUCCUGGGCAUCUCUGUUGCAGGAAUGGAAUGGGAGGCCAAGGCCCAGAUCUUCUUGCUUUUUGUCCUCAUUACAGCCAUCAUCAACUACUUCAUUGGAAGCUUCAUACCAGUCAAAGCAAAGGAAUCUGUUGGCUUCUUUGGCUAUGACAGUGCAAUCAUGUGGGAGAAUAUGGGUCCCAACUUCCGAGAAGAAACCUUCUUCUCCGUCUUUUCAAUCUUCUUCCCGGCAGCCACUGGUAUUUUGGCUGGAGCAAACAUUUCAGGAGACCUUGCUGACCCACAACUAGCCAUUCCUAGAGGAACCCUUCUGGCCAUAUUAAUCACAGGAAUAGUCUACCUGGGUGUUGCUGUUUCAACAGGCUCCUGUAUUGUGAGGGAGGCCACUGGAAAUGUGAAUGACACUCUCAGUUCCCAGUUUAUGUUGAACUGCACUGAUGCCGCCUGCAAAUUCGGCUAUGACUUCUCCUCCUGUAGGACUGAAAACGUUAACUGCCGCCAUGGACUCCUGAAUGACUUCCAGGUGAUGAGCAUGGUUUCUGGUUUUGGACCCAUCAUCAGUGCCGGUAUCUUCUCUGCCACUCUGUCCUCAGCUCUGGCUUCUUUAGUCAGUGCACCUAAAGUUUUUCAGGCUUUGUGUAAGGACAAUAUCUACCCCGGCCUGACCAUGUUUGCUAAAGGCUACGGCAAGAAUAAUGAGCCUCUCCGAGGCUACAUCCUGACCUUCUUUAUAGCACUGGCCUUCAUCCUCAUUGCUCAGUUGAACAUAAUUGCCCCCAUCAUCUCCAACUUCUUCUUGGCGUCGUAUGCCUUGAUCAACUUCUCUGUGUUCCAUGCGUCACUGGCUAACUCACCAGGUUGGCGUCCCAGCUUCAAAUACUACAACAUGUGGGUUUCUCUUGCUGGUGCCGUACUCUGCUGUGUGGUGAUGUUUGUCAUCAACUGGUGGGCUGCCCUCCUCACUAACGUCAUUGUUCUGGGUCUCUAUAUUUAUGUCAGCUACAAGAAGCCAGAUGUGAACUGGGGCUCAUCAACCCAGGCUCUGACCUACCACCAGGCUCUGACCCACACUCUGCACCUCAGUGGAGUGGAGGACCACAUCAAGAACUUCAGACCCCAAUGUUUGGUGAUGACUGGUUACCCUACCUCUCGACCAGCUCUUCUGGACCUGGUUCACAGUUUCACCAAGAAUGUAGGCCUAAUGAUCUGUGGUCAUAUUCGCACGGGCUACAGAAGACCAAACUUCAAAGAUCUGACCACAGAGCAGUCCCGGUACCAGCGCUGGUUGCUGAAGAAUGAGACCAAAUCCUUCUACACACCAGUAUUCGCUGAGGACAUGAGGCAGGGCACACAGUACCUGCUCCAGGCUGCUGGCUUGGGUCGCCUCAAGCCGAACACCCUGGUGCUGGGCUUCAAAAAUGACUGGAGGGACGGUGACAUGAUGAACGUGGAGACCUACAUUAGUAUGAUCCACGAUGCCUUUGACUUCCAGUUUGGUGCUGUUAUUCUGCGACUGAAAGAAGGUCUGGACGUUUCCCAUAUCCAAGGACAAGAUGAGUUGUUGUCCUCCCAGGAGAAGUCUUCAUUGAUGAAAGAUGUCAUCGUGUCCAUAGACACCAGCAAGGACUCUGACGCUGAUUCAUCCAAGCAGUCCUCCAAGGCCACCAGCCUCCAGAACAGUCCAGCUAUACAGAAAGAUGACGAGGAUGAUGGCAAAGCUACAACCCAGCCCUUGUUGAAAAAAGACAAGAGGAGUCCAACAGUGCCGCUGAAUGUGUCGGACCAGAGGCUGCUGGAGGCCAGCCAGCAGUUUCAGAAGAAACAAGGGAAGGGCACAGUGGACGUCUGGUGGCUGUUUGAUGACGGAGGUCUGACCCUGCUCAUCCCCUACCUGCUCACUAACAAGAAAAGGUGGAAGGACUGCAAGAUCCGCGUCUUCAUUGGAGGCAAGAUCAACAGGAUUGAUCAUGACCGCCGAGCGAUGGCCACUCUGCUGAGCAAGUUCAGGAUAGACUUCUCGGAUAUCACUGUGCUGGGUGACGUAAACACCAAGCCCAAGAAGGAGCACGUUUUGGCCUUUGAGGAGAUGAUCGAGCCAUAUCGCCUGAAGGAAGACGACAUGGAGCAGGAGGCAGCAGAGCGGCUAAAGAACAGUGAACCUUGGAGGAUCACAGACAAUGAGCUUGAGCUGUAUCGUGCUAAGACUAAUCGUCAGAUCCGACUCAACGAGCUACUGAAAGAGCACUCGAGCACAGCUGCCCUCAUCGUCAUAAGCCUUCCGUUGGCCAGAAAGGGCACAGUGUCCAGUGCUCUCUACAUGGCCUGGCUGGAGGCACUGUCCAAGGAGCUGCCGCCCAUCCUGCUGGUGCGCGGAAACCACCAGAGCGUCCUCACCUUCUACUCUUAGACACACAGAGAAGAACAUCAAGUUUUUAAGCCUCACAUCCCUCUCUGCUUCUGGGAGCAGACAUGUAUACAUCCCAGUUCCAUCCACACCUAAAGGUGCACCACAUACACUUCAGAGACGGUAAAUAAAAACACAGCCACUGGUGAAAGCAAUGCUGGUAAUACGAAUUAAAUGAAGGAAGAGAAAAUUGGUUGACAUGUGUAAAUGCUCUACAAGUGACAGAGGAAUGUAUGGGUUGUGGUGGGUGGAGGCUGAAAGGUUGCCCAUUCUGCUCCUUUCUUGAUAUUUAUUCCAAGAUGUCAGGUUUCUUCUCUUGUAGCUCUAGUUUCUUCUAAUUUCCUCAUGAAAAUGUAAUUUUUGUUAAAGCUGAUUUCUCUCAGGCCCCAAACCAGUCGUGUACAAUCAUCAUAUUGUUCUCACAAUAUCGAAUACCUUGAUGUCAUACUUGUUAAUUUAAUUGAAGUUGUGAUACAGCAAUAAUCACCCUGUUGUUUUCCUUAAAUGUUGGGAGAGAACCAUGCAGAAUGCUUUGCAACACCUUCUAAAGCCUUAUGGAUGUGCCUUCCAGCUGAAUGAGAUAAACUAAUUCUAAUCUCUAUCCAGAUUGACAAUACUUUGGUGAAUAAUAGUUAGUUUUAUUGAGUUUUUAAUGUGAUUCCUUCUUAGUUAAGCUCUGUAUUUAUGCAUAUGGAUGCAUGAAUUUAAUGAAAGGUGUCCACUUGAUUGCAUAAAGACUUUCUAUGUUAUUUCUCUCUCCCUCUAUCUUACCCUAAUCAACAUGCUUAUAUUGGGCCAUUGUAUUUAAAAAUUUUAGUAAAAGUUUGGGUCUUCCUUUUCAAAGCUGUUCUUCUUCUAUUCUUACGAAAGUCUCAGCUACUUGACUCAAGACACAAUUUAUCUUAUAGGCAUAGUACCUAAACCAUGUGUAUAUGGUUCUUAAAUGUAACUUCUUUUCUCGUUAAAAGAUGUGAAUCUAGUUUGUCAUUAGCCAUGUCAGGUGGAAAGGCCAACUCUCCCUUGUAGCUACUGAUUGACUAAAUGAAGCUUUUCUUUAAACAUGUUUUUUGUA